AUGAGCUCCAAUUCACCUAAAGAUUUUGUUGAAAGCUUGAAAGGACGAGCAGUAAUAGUUAGACUAAACAACGGGACGGAUUACAAAGGAAUACUAGCUUGCUUAGAUGAACGCAUGAAUGUUGCGCUGGAACAGACGGAAGAAUAUUUCGAAGGAGAAUUAAUUGAAAAAUAUAACGAUGCUUUUAUUAGGGGUAAUAAUGUAUUUUACAUAAGAGCAAUUGAAGAUGAGUAG